GCAUGCAGAACUGUCCACAAACACACAGUGUGACACAAACACGCAUGCAGAUGUGUCCAAUGAAUAACAAUGCUCUUUGUACCUUUGCGUGGCUAAGUAAAGGAAAGGGGAGUUCUGACAUAGAAAGAUCCACCCAUUAUGUUUGUUCCGUUCCGCUCCACCAAUCCGGCUCCAAUUUAACAUCUUAAACUGUAAUAUAUCUUCAGCGUUGCUGGCUGCAGGGGCACCUGGGCUGUGCAGAAGGAGCUCAGGGAUAUGUUGAGCUGCGCUUCGCUUGCAGACACUGCACGGUUCGGCACUGUCGCUGCCUUAUGCAGUAGCAGUACCUAUAGAAUAUAUAUUCCAUUAUACUAGAUACUACACAGAAGACCACACUAUACUUUUUUUUCCUCUGACGUGCCAAAGGUCAGGUUUCUUAUUAUCGUAUUUAUAAUUACAUCAAGCGGCUGGCGGCGGCAUUCUGUUUACAGCGGUGUUCUGUUACAAAUAACACUUCUACUGCAUGUGGGAAAAGAUAUAUUUUAUACAAAGAAGAGAAGGAGAUAGAGAGGCGUGCUGGUGUUGCAUGUAUGGAACGUUUUUCUUUUAAGAAUGGAAUACUACGGCCAGCAGCCGGUUCUUGAACUGUGAACGACCGGAGAGCCUUUGCGUUUAACUGACUUUUCGUUGAACUCACAAGCCCGUGUCCUUACAAGCUUGGAGAUCUUCACAUUUAGCGCCGCGCAUUGACCGUCACUGUAACGCCAGCCCGCUUUCACCGCGCACGGCGAUGGGUGAGCAGCAGACCGGGGAGAGCCGUGGAGAGAGCGGGCAAUGACUACACCAUCACGCAGCGAGGAUGGAUGCAACGCGGGGAGUCUCUGCUCUGUUUAUCGCAUGCUGCUGCUGCUGCCGGUUGGUGUCCGUGCACGCUGAGGUGCUUGCUGAUGGAGGGAGCUUCCUGAACACAGUGCACAGUACAGAUCCUCUCUCCUGCACCGAUGGGUUCACAGAGCUGGGGUAUUAUAACGGGUCGGUCUCUGAGACUGACUCUGGCGCCCCCUGUCUGCCCUGGACGGAGUUCCCUGACUACCUGCUGCAGUACCCUGGGCGAGGGCUGGGGUCGCACAACUACUGCCGCAACCCAGACAGAGAGGCCAACCCCUGGUGCUUCUACCGGCUGAGCUCCGGAGCUGUUGGUUGGGCUUACUGCGACUGCAACCAGGGUGCUGUGCGCUUGGCUGGCAGCUCCUCCUCGUCUCAGGGCGGCCUGGUUGAAGUGUAUCUGAACGGCCACUGGGGGGCAGUGUGUGACUCUCACUGGACUGAGCGAGACGCCAGUGUGAUCUGCAGACAGCUGGGACUGGGUGAGAUCGGCACGCCUCUCAGACACGCCCACUUUGGACCCAGCUCUGGAAUCUUCCACUUCCAGCGACUGGGCUGCCAUGGCGACGAGGACUUCCUGCUGAAGUGCAAGAACAGGAAGUUCAUGACCAACGACUGUAAUCAUGGAAACGAAGCAGGGGUGGUGUGUGUGCCUCCUGAAGGCUCUGUCGCCCCCUUGAGGCUGGUGGGCGGAACUGAGGAUUUCGAAGGGCGUGUCGAGGUUUAUCACAAUGGGAGGUGGGGCACGAUCUGUGACGACCAAUGGGACGACACGGACGCUGAGGUGGUCUGUAGGCAGCUGGGCUUCAGUGGCACACCGAAGGCCUGGUCCUGGGCUCAGUUUGGCUCUGGCUCGGGUCCGAUCCUGCUGGAUGAGGUGCGCUGCUCUGGGAACGAGCUGUCCCUGGAGGAGUGUGCGCACAGUGGCUGGGGGGAGCACAACUGCGACCACGUGGAGGACGCGGCCGUGUCCUGCAACCCCUACUCCGACGGAGUGGUGAGGCUGGUGGAUGGGGACAGCCCCUCUGAAGGGCGGGUGGAGAUAUAUUAUGAUGGUGCCUGGGGCUCGGUGUGCGACGACAGCUGGACGGAAGUUAACGCGCAGGUGGUGUGUCGACAGCUCAGGUUCAGGGGGCGUGCGCGUGUCUCCGCUCAGGGUCGGUACGGCGCUGGCUCGGGGUUGAUCCUGCUGGACGAGGUGCAAUGCAAGGGGGGAGAGCGCUCCCUGCUGGGCUGUGCACACGCUGCCUGGGGGAGACACGACUGUGCACACAGCGAGGACGUGGGGGUGCAGUGCGAGGGGGAGGGCGAGACCAACGAGAUACCCCAAGCCUCAUCUGAGACAGAUUCUCCGGUGAGGCUGGUGGACGGGGAGAGCCAGCGGGAGGGCAGGGUGGAGGUGCUGCUCGGUGGGGAGUGGGGCAGCGUGUGUGAUGACGGCUGGACUGACGACCACGCAGCUGUGGUGUGCAAACAACUCGGCUACACGGGUGAGGCGAAGGCGCGCUCCAUGGCCUAUUUCGGGGAGGGGAAGGGUCCGAUCCACCUGGAUGACGUGCGCUGCUCAGGCCAAGAGAGAAGCCUGUCCGAGUGUGAGGCUCGCAGGGGCGGGCAGCACAACUGCAGGCACAGCGAGGAUGCGGGCGUGAUCUGCCAGUAUAGUAAGAAGUCAGCGGAGGGCGCCACAGACACAGCACAGGCCUGCGGGCUGAAACCCAGCGCACAGGGCCGGAGCAAGAGGAUCAUCGGAGGGGUCAAAUCACUCAGGGGUGGCUGGCCGUGGCAGGCCUCUCUCCGCUUGAAGUCUCACUGGAGUGCCGCACGGCCGCUGUGUGGAGCCACACUGAUCAGCACCUGCUGGGCCCUGACUGCAGCACACUGCUUCAAGAGGUUUGGCUCGGACCCCUCUCGCUAUGCCUUGCGGCUGGGUGAUUACCACACCUUAGAGAAGGAUGAGUUUGAGAAGGAGCUGCCAGUAUACAGUGUGCUGCUUCAUGGGAAGUACCGGCCGGAGAGCAGUGACUAUGACAUUGCGCUGGUCCGGGUUCGAGGGACCGAGAACCGCUGCAUCUCCCUCAACCCCCACAUUGUCCCCGCUUGCCUGCCCCCACCCCACCAGGGCAAGAAGUGGCGCAAGGGCUGGGGCAACAAGCAAGCAGCGACCUGCGUCAUCACAGGCUGGGGAGACACAGGCUCCUCGUACUCUCGCACCCUGCUCCAGGGCUGGGUCCCUGUCCUGCCCGGUCGGGUGUGUCGCUCUCGCUAUGGUCCUCGUUUCUCUCCCAGGAUGCUUUGCGCCGGCAGCCUCUCUCACAGUAAGCGGGUGGACAGUUGCCAGGGCGACAGCGGGGGUCCCCUAGUGUGCCCCGGGGUCGGGGGUCGCUGGGUCCUCACCGGAAUCACUUCCUGGGGUCACGGCUGCGGGCGACCUGAUUCCCCGGGAGUGUACACGCGGGUCGAUAAGUUCCUGCGCUGGAUAGAGGACAGCAUGCGCGCCACGCAGAGGGGAUGAACAGACACGAGCACCACCAAGCAAACACGCAAUCAAACACGCAGCAAAACACUAAGGAAUCCAGGGAUGGAAAUAAGACUCCCACUGCAUAGCAGUUUGAUCCGGUCCUGGUUUUACUAAGCUUAAUAAGACACAAUUGAGUUUGUUAUCUACACACUGAGGCUAAUCAAGCACAUAGUAAAGCCUGGAGUAGGUGAGGCUGCUAUGCAAUAGGAGUCUUCUUUCCAUCCCUGCAUUCACGCAGACAAACACGCAUCCACACAUGCAGCCAAGCUCCCAGGUUUGGACGUGCCAGCUCAGCAGCUGAUUUUAGACUCUUAUUGCAGCUGGUAAAGAAAUCUAAAUGCUGUUGCUUCUCUCAGAUCUCUCCUCCUUCUGCCUCCACGAUUACUCCAGCUCCUGCCAAGUAACUCCCGCCUCCAAUGCAGUACAAUAUGUACUGCUCAGAGCUGUACAAGCGCUUUGGCUAACAGACCUAGACCUAUAACCAAGGUGCCAUAAAAAAAAGCAAACCUAAAGGAAUACAGGUUAACCAGACUAUACACACACACACUAACUCGCUCAUUAAACAUUGCAUUGUUUAAAAAUGUACCAAAAAUGCAACCAGCUGUCCAGCCUACAACUCUAAAUCAAAAGUCCUAUCUGUCUGACAGCCCUGAUACAGACAGCCGACAAAACAGCCCUAGACUGGGGGCUGCAUGUUCUGAUACAGACAGCCCACAACACAGCCCUAGACUGGGGGCUGGAGGUUCUGAUACAGACAGCCCACAACACAGCACAAGAAUGGGGGGCUGCAUGUUGUGAUGUCAUCGAGAGUGAAGCUGACAAAGUCUGGGAAUGGCCAGUCUGGUUUGAACAGAAGAGCAAUACUUGCCUCUCCACUACAGAGAUUGCUGAUUAGUUGAAUGGUAAGACGUUGGUCUGAACUGUAUGGUGUUGCUGUUCGCCUCCAGCUCUUGCCUUCCCAUUCCAUUCAAUGGGCUGGGAAGCUAAUUCAUUAAAAAACAGCUGCCUUGAAGGAAUCAGAGGCUGGUAUUAUUCAGUGAGGAAUGGUCUCGGAUGCAGAAUGAUGUAAUCACCUUCACGGUCCAGCUUCUAUAUGUCCAGCUGUCAGAGAAGUUCAUGUGUCAACUACUCUACGUGAAGUGCACUUUACACUUUACACACUUUUAAAUCAAAAGGUUGUUUUUUUUUUGCAAGCAUUCAUUAAGAAAAAAAACAUGGAUUGGUCAUGUGUUUUGUAUUGUACUGCAAUUCAAUAAACAUUCAUUCAAGCUAAUUUGCCUGUUUGCCUGCUGCCUGCACGCAAAAAGAAAUCAAAAGAAUCCUUCAGGCAUCCACUUUGAAUCCAGCGUGAUCUGUAAUGAUUGCUUUUUGAAUCUCCUGCUAGCUCUCUUUCGUAAACCGAAGGACCGCAACACAGAAACACACAAAGAAAGAACGGAACGAGCCCCUGACUCAACACACAGCAACCUGGGAGUGCAGCACACCGAGGACACACCCUGAACAUUCACAGAAUGCUGCAGUGAGUCCACGGCUGACAACGUGGCUGGAUAACUACACAAUCCCAGAAAGGGUUGGAAUAGACCCAAGCAGUGUCUCUUGACAGGUGUGAGAUACACCCUGCAGUGUCUUGACAGGUGUGAGAUACACCCUGCAGUGUCUCUUGACAGGUGUGAGAUACACCCUGCAGUGUCUCUUGACAGGUGCAUGGGAUACACCCUGCAGAGUCUCUUGACAGGUGCGUGGGAUACACCCUGCAGUGUCUCUUGACAGGUGCGUGAGAUACACCCUGCAGAGUCUCUUGACAGGUGCAUGGGAUACACCCUGCAGAGUCUCUUGACAGGUGCGUGGGAUACACCCUGCAGAGUCUCUUGACAGGUGCGUGGGAUACACCCUGCAGUGUCUCUUGACAGGUGCGUGAGAUACACCCUGCAGAGUCUCUUGACAGCUGCGUGGGAUACACCCUGCAGAGUCUCUUGACAGGUGCGUGGGAUACACCCUGCAGAGUCUCUAGACAGGUGCAUGGGAUACACCCUGCAGUGUCUCUUGACAGGUUGUUAUGAAGGGUGCUGCUGGGUCUGCGCUGCUUUCCACUGCCCAUCAUGAGCUGCCUGGUUUGCACUCCCUGAAAUCACUGACUGUAUAAAGUGCUUUGAAAUGCUUCUGUGUAUAACAAAUACAAGGUGCCAAAUAAAUACCUGAUUUCAACCCUGA